AUGGUGGUUUUCGUCGACUACGAUGAGGAGGAUUCGUACAAUGACGCGUAUCACCAUCGCCCGCAGGAUGUUGAACCAGCCUUCUAUUCCGGUAUACAGUCGAAUGGAAGGAUCGCUGCAUCUACUGUGACUACGAAGUACCCUAAUGCGAGCUCUCGGUCAAGCUGUGUCGACAUCGCUGCAGGGCGCGACAGCGCGUCGAGGUCGAUCGAGUCAACAGGACAAGCAGAAACUCUCAACUUGGAUGCUUUUGGUCGCUCUUUAGGCUGCUAUCCUGUUGUUAGGGAACUAGCUCGAUACUUGGACUUGAAUAGCCUCGAUGCCCUCUCUAGAACAUGCCGCCAAUACCGAGUCAACUUGAUGCCAUUCCGCGAUCAGCUCAUCAAACGAACCCUGCGGUGCGAAAACGAAUACAUUCAAACGUUGAACGAACUUUUGGCCAAGGGAGCUGCGAUACCGGAGAGCAUCAAGCAUGUUGUUCGGCUGAUGAAUCAGGGCAAUGCUGAUGCCGCAAGACUCACGAGUGGCAAAAUUGGAAAAUGCGCUCGUGACAUGGUGGGCGACUGUCGGAGAUGUGGCCGGGUGGUUUGCAGGAACUGCACGAUUAAACCUCCCAGUGCGGUGAUGCUAAAGAAUCGACUGCGCCGUCUUUGCACUACCUGUCAGACAGCACCGCUUGUUGACCACCUAUCUCCGGAAAAGUGGACAUCCAACUCAGAAUCCGACCAUCCGCCUGCGUUUACGUACUUGGCCUUUGCCCGCACUCCUUGUGACUGCGAAAACGCAGUCUGGCUAUGUCAGACAUGUGGCCAUUCAUUGCGCAAUAGAGAUACAACCUAUCGACGUAUUUGGACGUGGAGAACUCAUUAUAGUACGUAUCUUGGGGGCGGCCUAGGCACCGGUAUUGGGGAAGGCUGUCAGGGUGUCAAGUGCGGGAAAGGCGCGGAUUGCCUGGCUGCUCAAGUGAUUGAAGUAGAGGUAGAUGCUGAAGCAGACGAGUCAAUGAUGGCGACACCAGAUCCUCACAACCAUGGCCAUGACGACCAUACGCAUAGUGACCGAGAACUCACUCCUUGGGGCUUACCUCAAGGCAGGCUGGACAAUGUCCAGCACGACGAUACGCCGGGUUAUUUUCAGCAGGAAAUAGUCGGCAUUGGAGGUGUCGUCAAACGCAAGUCCAAGAAAAGGGUCGCAGUGGGCGCAUGCGUGGAUGAACAUGAAGACGAGCGAGAAACUGGCAAGUAUCUUUUAUACGAAGAAAGUGGUCAAGAUAGGGCGUGCUGUGGAUGGUGUUGGAGAGUUAUCCCUAGUCGUAAAGACUUGGAGGGCCAUUGA